CAUAAACAUCAGCCAUUAUUUGAUAAGGAGUCACCGAAAAUGGGAAGUCUGAAGGAGUACACCGGCAUCGGCGUCUCCGCCUCCAAAGUCCUUCCUCUUAACACCCUUCAUCCCCUCCGUCGCACCUUCUUCAACCGCGUGUUUUCUUCGGUUUACUUCUGUGCCAUCUUAGCUCUUGUCUAUCACCAUGUGCAAACACUUGUUAACUCCCAAAACCUAGCCUCUUUCUUGGUGACAGUCUCUUUGUUACUCUCUGAUCUUGUUCUAGCCUUCAUGUGGGUGACUUCACAGUCCUUUCAUGUGCGUCCCGUUCAUCGCAAAGAGUACCCUGAAAACCUUGAAAAAGUGAUGAAACCGAGCGAUUUUCCGGCUCUGGAUGUGUUUGUUUGCACGGCGGAUCCCUAUAAAGAACCGCCGAUUAAUGUUGUCAACACGGCCUUGUCAGUUAUGGCUUAUGACUAUCCAACUGAGAAGCUUUCAGUUUAUGUAUCGGACGAUGGAGGCUCGGCUCUCACUCUCUUUGCUUUCAUGGAGGCAGCUAAGUUUGCAAGCCACUGGCUUCCAUUUUGUAGGGAGAAGAAUAUCAUGGUGAGGAGCCCGGAAGUCUACUUCAGUACAUCUAAUAAUUGCUGGUGCUCUGAGACAGAGAAGAUUAAGGCUUUGUAUGAAAGCAUGAAAUUCAGAGUAGAACAUGUUGUUGAAACUGGGAAAGUUACUGAUGACUACAUCAAUGGUGAAGAAGAACGCCAGGCUUUCAAUAAAUGGACUGAUGGCUUUACCCGCCAAGAUCAUCCUACUGUUAUUCAGGUCUUAUCAGAGAAUAAAAAAGACAGAGACAUCACCGGCCAUUUGUUGCCCAAUCUCAUCUACGUAUCCAGAGAGAAAAGCAAAACUUCUCGCCACAAUUUCAAAGCUGGUGCCCUCAACACACUGCUGCGAGUUUCUGCUGUUAUGACCAAUGCACCAGUAGUUUUGACGCUUGACUGUGACAUGUACUCAAAUGAUCCCAAAACACCCCUCCGUGUGCUAUGUUAUGUAUGUGACUCUGCAACUCGAUCGGACUUGGCGUUCGUUCAGUUUCCUCAGCGUUUUCGCGGACUAAACAAGAAUGACAUAUAUGCUAGCGAGAUCAAACGUUUGUUUGAGAUAAAUUUUCUGGGUUUCGAUGGGUUAAGGGGUCCUAAUUAUGUUGGAACUGGAGCCUAUUUUUUACGACGAGCAUUCUUUGGUGACCCCUCAACUUUUAUGUCACCUGAAAUUCCUCAACUCCAUCCAAACUAUGCUGUGGAUAAACCCAUCAAGUCCCCGUCUAUUCUAUCAUUGGCUCACCAUGUAGCAGGCUGCAACUACGAGAAGCAAACCAACUGGGGAUCCAAGAUGGGUUUCCGAUAUGGAUCAUUGGUUGAAGACUACUACACAGGGUAUCGGCUGCAUUGUGAGGGAUGGAGGUCCAUAUUUUGUCAUCCUGAAAGGCCAGCAUUUUAUGGAGAUGCACCAAUAGCUCUUGUUGAUUUGAUAAACCAACACAAACGAUGGGCCAUCGGUCUUCUUGAGGUGGCCUUUUCAAGACUUAGCACCUUAACCUUUGGUAUCCGCAGAAUUGGCCUUAUGGGUCUACCUUAUGCUCAUUAUUCAUGCUGGCCCUUCUGGUCCAUCCCCGUCACUGUGUAUGCGUUUCUCCCCCAGCUUGCUCUCCUCAAGGGAAUCAGUCUCUUCCCAAAGGUUUCCGAACCAUGGUUUCUCUUAUACUUAUUUCUUUUCAUUGGAGCCUAUGCAAAAGAUUGCCUAGAGUUUAUAUUAGAAGGUGCAACUUUCAGAAAAUGGUGGAAUGAUCAGAGGAUUUGGAUGAUAAGGGGACUAACAUGUUUCCUUUUCGGGUUCGUCGAGUACUUACUCCAGAGCUUUGGCAUUUCUGCAUUGGGUUUCAAUGUGACAAGCAAAGUACUUGAUGAUGAACAGAGCAAGAGAUAUGAGCAAGAAAUCUUUGAGUUCGGAGUACCAUCACCCAUGUUUGUGUCACUGGCAACCGCAGCAAUGGCUAACUUCUUCUCAUUCUUUAAAGGGUUCUUAGACAUUAUCAGUGGAAACAAUAUGGAAGGACUGUUUUUACAGAUGUUUUUAGCAGGAUUUGCCAUGGUGAAUUGCUUGCCGAUUUAUGAAGCCAUGUUCCUGAGAGAUGACAAAGGGAAAAUGCCUACCAGGAUUACACUUAUUUCAAUAUUUCUGGCAGGGACUCUUUAUGCAGCAGCUUUUCUCCUUUUUUAGGGACAAAAUUAAAGCCUUCUUCUGUUUUUUGCUUAGUAUUUUAUUUUCAAUGCUGCAAAAUUUUAUCCUUUAGAAAUAAACAUUGGAAAUCUAUGUUCUCUUUGUCUAUUAAUGAUACUAUAUAUAUAUUCUGAAAGAAGGUGGUAUAAUUACGAUCU